AUUUAUUUGGUAAAAGACAUAGUUAAUUUGAUUCAGGUCAAUCAAAUCAUUGAAAACCGAAUAACAAUCAUCCAAAUAUUUCUGUUUUGAUAAGGUUGAUCACUAUAAUAGCAAAAACUGAAAAAAGACUUGGUAGAUGGACUUGUUUGGUAUGAAUUAUGAAAACAUAGUAGAGGGGCUGAAUGAAGAAUUGCAUCAAACUGAAAGAUACAGAAAGGUCGAAACAGAUUAACAGAAGCAAGUUCGAUGGAAUAAGAAAACAGGACUUGAGUUGAGUGUGAGAAGAACUGAGAAUUGGCUGGCGAUCUUCAGUAUCUCCUGUUGGCACUCACAUUCACAUGCUCCGAAUUAUUCGCACUGGCAAUUCCAUAAGAAAACCCCGACGAUUCUCACUACUUAAACUUCUCGUCUCUGCCAAAUCCAACUUCUCCGCCACUGCUCCUUCGGAUAUAGACUGUGUUGGCAUUGCGCAAUCGGUAAUCUGCAAGGCUUCUUCUCUAUUCCCCAACAGUAAUAAAGGUAAAGUUCACAACUUAAGCUCUGGCCCUUCUGUCAAGCACCUACUUUGGGAUAUCUCCGAUACAGUACCUGAUGUCGCGCGUAGGUUUCGUCGAGACCAUUGUUUGCAACCCGAACAUGUGCUUGAAAUAUUGCUGGGUUUUCAAUUUGAAUCUCGAAUGGUUAAUGUUAAGAAGGAAAAGGUUGAAUCUUUGUGGGGGAUAUUCAAUUUUGCGAGUAAGCAGGGUAUAUGGUUUAAGCACUUGCCCAAGUCUUGUGAGGCAAUGGCCUCUUUACUCCUUCAGUCUGGGAUGUUUACAGAGGUCCAGUUGUUGCUUUUGGAAGUGGAGAGACAAGGGAUUUCGUUGGAUGGGAAUGAGAUUUAUGAUGGGUUGCUUAGAGGGUAUGUUGAAGCUAGUAAGCCAGAGAGAGCUGGUUUAGUGUAUGAGAAGAUGAGGGAGCAAGGCUUGGUCCCAUCAUCAAUGUGUUAUCAUGGUCUUUUGAAUCUUUUGGUGAGGAUGAAGAGAAGCGAAUUGGCUUUUCAGGUGUGUGUAGACAUGGUCGAACUUCAGGUUGUUUUAGAUGAUGGGUUGAAUGCUGGUUUGGAGAACGUUUGUAGAUUACUUUGUGUGGAUGGAAUGAUUAAGGAGGCAAGGAGGCUUUUGAAGAAGGCAAUGGGUUUAGGAUUUAAUCCUAGCAGCUUCCUUGUGAAUGAGAUAGCUUGUGGCUAUUGUUCCAAACAUGACUAUGAAGAUUCUCUCCAGUUCUUCGCCAAGAUGAAGUGUGCACCAAGUGUUCUGACAGGGAACAAAAUUAUAUGGAGCUUGUGCCACAAUUUCGAUGCUGAGAGUGCAAAUUUGUUUAGGCUCGAAAUGGAGCAGCUGGGCUUCAUUCCUGAUGAUAAAAGUUUUGGGAUUUUGAUCGGUCAAUGCUGCAAGGAAAGGAAUUUAAGGGAUGCUUUCUUGCAUUUUUCUGAGAUGGUUUCAAGAGGUUUAAAACCUGGGACUUGGUCUUACAAUGCUCUUAUUGGUGGUAUGCUGAAGGGGGCAUGUGGGAUCAAGCCGGCAUUAUUCUUGAUGAGAUGAUGGAUUCUGGAAUAACUCCUGGAUUAUCAACUUUUAGAAUUCUCCUUGCGGGAUACUUUAAAGCUAGACAAUUUGAAGAAGCAAAGAAAAUAAUUCAUAAGAUGAGGGAGAUCGGCUUAGUUGCCCCAUCUCCGAUUGAAGACCCACUUUCUAAAGCUUUUCUUAUCUUGGGAUUCAAUCCAGCCUCUGUGAGGUGUAAAAGGGACAAUGGGUCGAGUUUCUGAAGACAGAAUUUCUCGACCAACUUGGAAAUGGACUGUAUUUGGAUGCAGAUAUAAAGGAGUUUAGAAACAAAGUCAAGCAAAUCCU